CAUCGAACCACGACAAGUCUCCCAUACAGUCACUAUCUGUUUUCCCACCUUGUUCUCCUUCCCAUCAAGCUUUUCUUGACUCUCUUCGUCACUUUGACCUUCUUUGGCAUCUCUCUGAGCAUUGUAGCGACCUUCGACUCUUUCCGCGACGCCCGCGCCCGACCGAACUAGAGCACUGACGUCGUUGCUUUCUCCCCACGCCCUUCCCCCUUCCGGCCACCGCCAACAUCUGCAGCAGUCUUCAAGACACAACAGUCGAACCCGUGGAACUCUUGAAGCCGCCACCACCAUCACUACCACCACGCGCAGGCAAUAUGGCGAGCCCCCGACGGCGGAUCGAGACUGAUGUCAUGAAGUGCGUGCUCAUGAGCGACUACGAGGUCACAUUGGUCAACGACAACAGGCAGGAAUUCUACGUCAAGUUCAAGGGACCUACAGACACACCUUUUGAGGGCGGUGUCUGGAAGGUCCACGUCGAGCUACCCGACCAGUACCCCUACAAGUCCCCCAGCAUCGGCUUCACCAACCGAAUUUUUCACCCCAACAUAGACGAGCUAUCCGGCUCCGUCUGUCUCGACGUCAUCAAUCAGACCUGGUCGCCAAUGUAUGAUAUGAUCAACAUCUUCGAGGCAUUCCUCCCCCAUCUCCUGCGCUAUCCAAACCCCUCCGAUCCCCUGAACGGCGAGGCCGCUGCCUUGAUGCUCAGGGACCAAGCCUCGUAUGACUCCAAGGUUCGAGAGUACGUUCAGCGAUAUGCGAGCAAGGAUGCCGCCGAGGAGGCUGGUGCAGAGAGCGAGGACGACGACGACAUGAGCUCCGUGGCCAGCUUCGGUGAGGAUGAAGACGAGGAGCCUGCAGGUCGCCUGGACGAUGUGUGACCUGGGACCUCCAUGGACAAUCAAAUUUCCUAUUCUUCCCCCUCAGCAACGGCGUUAUGAUCAUCAUUGGUAGGUCGCGGGGUCUACAUGUCUGGAUGUCGGGCGCGCUGUUUGUCCUUUUUUUUCUUCCCCCCUUGUCUUCCUGAUCUUUUGGCCUUAGACGAAGUCGGGUUGCCAGGCUGGACUUCAAUAGGUCUAAAGGGGGGUGGCCCUCAGAAGGGGCAGUGGAAGGAGACACACACUUGGAUUUACUUCUUUUUCCUCUCUCUUUCUUUCUGUCUCUCAUUUUCAAGGAGUAAUCAUCGGAGGUCUCUAGAAACAGCACUUGUGGCAAAUAUACCUGCUCACAAAGCUUAUUCGCUACAUUAUACUUUGCAUGAUUCGGCAUAACUUGAGCACAAGCCGUGGAGGCGGUAUAUAACUAGGUGCAGGAUUUCCUAGCAAAUCCUAAGAUGGUAUCAUAAAACGACGAAACAAAAUAGUCGGACCAAAGGGGAGGGGGUGUGGUGCUUUUUUGGACAAUCAGAUCAGUCUGAAUCAUAAUCCACAAGACC